AUGACCAGCGACAACGUCAAAGUCGUCGUCGACAAGGACUCGCUUUCGCGGUUCGCGUCUUCCAACUCGGCCACGUUAAAUCAUUUGCAAAAAUACCCUGUGCUUGCUGACUCCGUCAGCUAUCUUUUGUCUUACGCAUUCGUUGCGCAGAGUGUAUCUGUCGUUGCGACGCUGGUGUAUCGCGCCAAACGAGCAGCAAUCGACUCGCCCAAAUCGCCUGAACUCGUCAAGACCGGCUACGGUCUCGGAGUCGCUGCGAUUCAUCGUGCCGAUGAGCUUUUCAACAUUCUCGUUCUCCGCGAGGGUCUCGAUGCGUUUUUGGAACAGUACAAACUCCACGACGGGCGUGCCGGGCUGUGGCUUGCGCUGUACCUAGUGGACUAUCUAGCCAACGUUUCGAACUUGGCGCUGCGCGAACUUGUCGUCAAACCCUUGAAAUUGGCCUCUGCCGCUGAAGUUUCCGGCGCCAACGGCAAAGAGCAUGUUGCGUUGGACGACGGCUGUCCGCACGUCAAGGAGCUUGCGCAUACGACGCGUUCGCUAAGCCAGGGUAUCCACACCAAAUUGCAAUCUGAAUACAUUGCACCUACCAAGACCAAGCUGCAAGAGGGCUACAACGAACUCACUAAGGGUAAAAUCGGCGAAACCCGCGAUUACGUGACCGGGAAGUACGACGCCGCGUACCAGACCGUUUCUCAGAAGUACGAGGGGAAUUUAAACAAGUCUGAGAGUGUUCCACGUGCAAUUGUGUCUACUGGUGUCGAUCUUGGCAAUCUGACGCUCGAGAAGCUCAAGAAUGGUGUUGCUUCCACGACUUCUAAGGCCGAAGACAUCAUUGAGCCUCGUGCACGUGAGUUAGCGGAAGAAGUUUCCAAGACAGCCUCUUCUGUUGUCCAAGGGGCAGACAAUAUGGUGAAAUAA